ACAAGUAUUUUAAAAGUAAAUAAAUAAAAAGUAAUAAUUUUUGCAUUGAUGCGUUAUGGCACCCCAAUUAUGUGUUCUAUUGCUAAAGAACUUUAAGAGUUAUACAAGAUUAGAGAUUUUAAUGUGUCUGUUGCUGCCACUGCUAAUGACACACUUGGUGUAUUUGAGAUGUUCUGUAAAUCAAGAGAAUUCGUCACAUUGCUUCCUACGGCGAAAUGGAACACUUGGGGAUAAUGUAAAACUAAGUCCAUUGUAUAAUAUAAUGGAAAUUAUUGCCGAUGAAACGCCUGAAAAAACACUGUUACUAUUUACAAACAAGGAUCAUAUAGUGCAGCCACUAACAGCAGCAUUAUUUAAUGUACUAAAGCUGAGAUCUGUGGAGCGGGUCACCUCUGAAGUUGAUAUGGAAAAUACCCUGAUAAACGGCCACUUGUUGGGCGGUAUUAUUUGGAAGGUACAUGGUGGUCAAAACGUUGAGAACACGGACGUUACUAUUCGAUUUCCCAGUGCACUGCGAACGAUGCCAACUGAGUUGUGGCAUACAAAUCAAGUCAGACACGAGGAGAACACGCCCCGGCCGCUCUAUAUGAAUGAAGGAUUCUUACAGAUAAUGUACGCAAUUGUGGCAUUUCUCUCAUAUCCUGCUGUCAGCAAUAUAACCAAAAAGUAUAAGGAUGAUGGCGUAACGAUUGUGUCAAAGCCAUUUGUUAACGAUGCCCAUUAUAAUGAAUUCUUCGAUCCCCUAAUACUUGACCCAAUGGCAACUGCUCUGGGCAAUAUAUUGCCAUUUUAUUUGAGCUCUCUCUACAUGUAUCCAUUUGUUCGUUUGGCUAUGCAUAUGGUAAGGGAAAAGUCUCUGCAACUAAAGGAUCUGAUGAGUAUUUCCAGUGCAGGGCGGAUUAGCCAGCAUAUCUCUUGGUUUUUAUCUACCUUCAUUUUGGCUACUGUGAUUAACUUAUUGACCAUUUUCUUACUAACGGUAGGGUAUCCAUACAGCCCUAAACUGAACCAUAAUUCGUUUACCUCUUGUAGGCACCGCUAUGCAAACAUGGUAACAUUUUAAACUGUUCGAGUUUCACAGCCGUUUGGUGUUUUUUUACCGUUUGGACAGUGUGCGGCAUUUGCUUUUGCUUCUUAGUGUAUAGUUUAGUGCGAAGUGCAGCCCUAGCUGCGAUUGUGAUUGUGUUCUUUUCGAUAUUAUGUUUCCUGCUAUAUAUCUAUUUGCAUGCCACAACAUUAGGUGUGCGCUAUCCAUUGUGCCUGUUGUUCCAGUUUGGAUUCUUGGCUGGCCUUCGCAAAAUACUUUACUACGAAAAGCACGAUAACACGGGGCUGCAGUGGGAUCAUUUCUUAAGAGGAAAUUUCCACAAUGGUUUUGCCAUAAUAUCGCUCCUAAUGCUGUUGGCAGCAUUCAUCUGCCUGCUGUUGUGCUUAAUUGUGGAGCUCUGCUUCCCGGGCCGGUACGGAGUGUCCAGAUUACGCAGUCGGAGUAAUCAAGAGGGCGUGGGCUAUCAGCAGAGCCUUCAGGGGACUCGCCAAAUGUCCCCAGCCGUUGUGCAGGCCUGCAUAUUGCAGAGGAGUCAACGGGGAAAGCCGACACUGACUAAUUUCACCAUGAAUAUGUAUGAUGAUCAGAUAACGGCCAUAUUGGGACUAUCUGAUUCGGGCAAAUCCGCCGUUGCCAAUUCCAUUUCGGGCAGCAUUCCCCCCCAGGCGGGUUGGGUGAAAAUUGACGACCGAGAUAUAGCGAGAGCGAGCAGAACUGUGGUGGGACUGUCGCCCCAGCAUAAUCCAUUAUUCGCCAAUCUGAGCGUCAAAGAGAACAUGCACUUCUUCUAUGCUCUGCGAGGCAUUAGCCCCCAUGUGAGAGUUCGUUCCACGGAAAGCUAUUUGAAGGCCCUCGAGCUCUGGCAAGUGAGGAACGUGAAAAGCCGCUGCCUGUGUAGAGCCGACCGGCGGCGAUUGUCUGUGGCCUGUGCCUUUUGUGGCAAUCCGCGUAUUGUGGUGCUGGACGAACCCAGCGAGGGCCUGGAGCCCUGCGAGCGCAGAUUGCUGUGGGAUCUGCUGCAAUCGGAGAAGCGAUGCAGGACUUUAAUUAUCACCACAUACCACAUCGAAGAGGCGGAUGUUCUGGGCGACCGUUUGGCCAUUAUAUGCGAUGGUCAACUGCUUUUCAAUGGCACUUCCACAUUUUUAAAAAACACCCAUGGCUCUGGAUAUCAAUUGGUCUGUUCGCAAGGUGAAAUAUGUGAAGAGCCACAGCUAACAUCAUUGGUAUUGCAAUACAUACCAGAGACGACGGCAUCCUCGGACAAACCAUUUGAAAUAGCCUACAACAUACCCCAAUCCUAUUGUCGCAGCAUUGUGCCAUUGCUUCAGGUGUUGGAGAAUGGAGCCAAUCGUUUUAAUAUGGGUGCCCUGGGCAUUGGCACUACGCCCAUUAUAAAGAAAUUCGUAAAAGCCACCUCGCCGGGCAUGGAAAAUAGCAGGGGAAAUUGUGCAGCCAGCUCCCCCGAACCCGAUGAAAGUUUAUUGUAUGGCUGUAAAUUGUGCAUCAAUCAAUGGCAUGCGAUGCUACUGAAAAAGUUCUAUCACAUAAAGCAUAAUUUUGUGGUGUUCCUUAUGCUUUUCACGCUGCUGAUCUUCGCAAUCUCGGCGCUGCAAACGUACUUUUAUAGUUGGCCAAUUGCAGACAAAUACCGUGCGGAGGUAGGCAUGGAUUUCGUAUCGCAGGACCUAAUGCCGCUUAGGCUGGACAUAUAUGGACCCAAUUGUCGUGUGGCUUUUCUCAGAGACUUCAACGAUGAGAAUCCACUGAUACAACUACUAAAGAUGAAAAUAACUGGCUGCAUCGCAGAUGAUAUAUCGGUGAAAGAAUUGGACGCACGUGCAAAUUACCUGAACGAUGUCUAUGUCUUUGGCAUACAGAUCAAACAGUGCGAAUAUCAAAUAUAUUACAGCCGAAAAUGGUUACAUUCGGAAGCCGUUGCAGCAGCCAUAAUGGGCUACUUGGCCAACAGUGGAUUUUUGGGUCUAUUUUGCGCUGAUCCAAAUAGAGCAAUGCCAAUGCUUAUAAAGAACAUCAACUUCAACAAUCAUCCGUAUCCAUCAAUUCAGUACAGCGAAAAUUCCACAGUCCGUCAAGUCGACUGCUUUGAGAGUGGAUCAUUAUAUCUGAAUCUGUUGUGCGUUAGCAUUUUCAGCGGCUUCUUUGCCGCCUACAUUGUCAGAGAGCGGCGCAUCGGCUACAAGCUAAUGCAACAGGUGCAGGGCAUUAAUAUGACAACAUUCUGGCUGUCCCACUUAUUGGUUGACUGGAUGUUGCUUUCCAUUUUGUCCGUGUCGCUGGUAACAACCAUGACGCUACUUCUCCAAAAGAAUUUCGAUGAUGAGGCAGUGGCAUAUGCCAUUGCCCUGAUUCUGUUUAGCUGCGCCCUGCUGCUAUUUUUAUACCUGCUGAUGCAGUUCUUUACGCGAGAUAUUUGUGCAUGGAUUAUACCGGUAUUAAUAUUGUUUAUAUUGGCGAUACCCUUUGAGUGGCCUGCCUCGGAUAAAGUAUUUGGUUUCCUUUAUUUAAUACCCACAUACUCGGCCAUUGCAUUGGUCCAUGCCAUCUGCAUGGAGGCAUCGUCGCAUAGAGUGUGCAAGGACAGAACAGACAAACUGUAUGGAGGAUGCGGUGAAUGA